AUGGUUCGCACAUACACAUGGAAUCCUUCAACUCAGUCCAGUUUAAAAAUCAUUGGUAACCUUAAUAAUGAAGACGAAAAGACAGUAACCGGUUUUUUUCCAACUGCAUCAACGACAAAUUUAUACUCUACGCAAUGCUUUUCAAAUAGCCCCAUUUGUAAGCCAAAUUAUAAAAAUGACCAGGUAACAAAUAUAUCUACCACUGUUCCCAAAGAUGGUACACAAAAUGAUACUACAGAUCUAUGGCAUCUCAGGCCUAUCCAAAUUGGCAAUAAAGUUUAUUAUGAACCGGUGAGCAGCAAUUCUGCACUUUAUAGCAGCAGCCCAGCAUCUACUGUACCCCACAUGGUUACAUCCGACAAUUUGGAUAACCUGUCUCACUUGCCAAGUGUUACUACUAUCCCAUUGCCUGUUGAGAACAUUACUGGGCAAAACAAAUUUCCGCAUUCGGAAGCAGUUGGUAUUAAUCACUCGAUGACUUCUAGCAAUAAUCUACCGUGGACUUUUGGUGCUCCUCAACCAAACAGUGAAAUUCGCGAAACCCCUUCUUGGCAGACACCACUCUCAGUGACAAGAGAAAGCCUUAUUUUUGAUAGGGAGACAAAUAAAAAUGCAACUGUUUCCUCUUUCCAAAAUCUACAGCGCCAAGUUCCCACUAAUCAUCAACUACAUGGUAGUUCGUAUCAGCAUUCUUUGUCACACACAACAACACCCUCACUACAAAAUCAGUGCUAUAGGAAAGUAACUGCUACUGAUUCAACAGAACAAUAUAAACGUGACUUGCAAUUACAAAUUGAGCAGAAUCGGCAUCGUAGAGAGGAAGAGCGGCAACGUGAACUUGAAAGAGAACGAAAAGAAAUAAUAAAGUUUGAGGAGUAUCGACGAAAAGCACAACAAGAGAUUGAAGAAGAAGAACGUAAAGAAAAAGAAAAAAUAUUAGCAGCACAACGUAGAGCAGUUAGAAUGCGAGCCUUACAGGAAGAAGCGGCAUUAAAAGCCGGUCAUGAAGCAAAGAAUUGUACGAAACGUAAUAUCUGUUGCAGUAGCGUAGAUACAAAGAGGUUGGAAAAACGAACAUCUUCAACAGCCGAACUAAAUCACCUGGAAUGGUGGGAGAAGAAAAAGGAACAUGUGAAUGAUAAUGCACAAAGAUCAGCUCAUUCACCGGUCAUUCCAACUCUUCGGAAGAAGAAUGGAACUUCUGUUGAUUUUUCACGAAAUGCACACUUUGAGAUAUCAGCAAAUAACGCAAAUGCAUCCAGCUAUGUCCCAUUCGAUCGAUUUAAUAAAUCACGUUCAUUGUCAAGAUUAGGUCGACGGUGUUAUCAUUCGUCCCUGACUUCAGGACGGAACAAUAGCUUGGAUUCAGUACGACUUCGUCGGAAAAGCACUCACGCUCACCAAAGAAAUGAAUCGCCAUUGAACAGUUUACAGAAUCGACAUCUUGGGACGGGUGAAGCAUUUCAGUCAGUUGACUAA